UAUUCUACGCACAUUAUUGGCAAAUGGCACCUUGGCUUCUUUCGUUGGCCUUACACCCCGUUAUAUCGUGGCUUCGACUCCUUUUACGGUUUUUACGGUGGAUAUGAAGAUUACUACAGCCAUGAAAAUGAGGGAAUCCUUGAUUUGCUUGACAACAAAAAACCCGUAAGAGAUAAGAGUGGAGUUUAUUCGGCAACGCUGUACGCUGAGGUACUUACAGACUUCCAGAUUGUCAGGAGCUUAUAACUCGGAGACAGCAACUCCCAUACUAGGCCUAUGCAAAGGCUUUUUUACGGACCAGUUUAUUUUAAGACACUUUUUACUGCGUAGGGCACUUUUUACUGCGAAAAUGGAGUCUCCGCCACGUCUAUGAACAUUCGAAGAACAAGAUACCAAAAGGAAUACGCAACGUCAUUAAAAGGCAAAAAUUAUCAUUUUUAAGUCUGUAGGUUUUGUCGAUUGCUUUGUGGGACUUAAAAGAUAUCCUCAAUUCCCAGCAAAACCGUUCUCAAAAUAAACUGGUCCAUAAAAACGCCGUGACACGAGUACAUGGAAGUUGCUCGCCUCAGGUUAUGGGCUCCUGAGAUUGUUAAAUAGUACUCAUUACCAAAAUACAGUAGAACCCAAUAAUAUGACUUUUCCUCCAUGAAAAUUUGACCGUAGUCACCGGUUUAGUGUCCUAUCUCCCUCCAAGGCGAGGGCUGUAAGGCUCAAUUUUUGCGAGGCCUAAAACAAUUAGAGUGCUUUAGAUUCUAUGACGAGCUGGAGUUGAAUUAUAAAAGCUAGUACGACUACGAGAACGAAAUUUCCUCAAUACUAAGUAGUGCGCGCGCGUGAACCAGCGUCAUUUUGGCGGGAAGACUUGGUAGCCGUCGUCAUUCUACUACGAGUUUUAGCGAGAAUGUCGCAAUCAGAAAACUAGGUUGUCAAAUGGUAGAAGAUUUAUCAUUUUACGAUCAAGAGAGGGCUUAACCUCCUUCAAUAUAGCCGCAGUGCUAUCUUUUCUAACGAAAAAAAAAAAUAAAACUGAAGCUUUCCGGGGUGUCUAUUUUUUGAGGAUAGGCGAAAAAACUUUUCGUUAAAUCUCGUACUCGUAGUCGUUCUCGUCCUGGAAUCUAAAGUUCUCUAUUGUCUGAGUUCGCAUCCAGACCGAACGCAAUGCAAGCUCGUUGUACUCAGGUUGUCUUUAUGCAUAAAUAUAUGACGAUAGCGUGCCCUACAGUUCCCUACUGAUAUAUACAGCUAUUUCGAGAAAGGUCGUCGGAUAAAGUGCACGCGACAACUCCGAAAGGUAUUGUGGGUGGUUUUGAGUGCACUGUUUUUCAAAGAAAUUUGAAUGAAUGGCAGGAGAUGCCAUGGACGUAUGUCUGCGAGUGCUAAAGGAAAGCAACAGUGUAUUGAACAUAUCCCAUAUAACGUUUCGGGAUUGUCGCGUGCACAUUUUUUCCGACAACCGUUCUCGAAAUAGCUGUAUAUAAAAAAAACCUUGACAAACUCGUCUGUUCUUUUUGCGCCAGUAUUGGUGAUCAAGAAAUGCUUGGGGAUGAAUCUCGAUGGCAGAAGUAUUUCACAUAGAAACUGGUCAGUAAUUUGUUUACCCACGAAACUCUUAGGAGUUUCUAAGAAACCGUCCUGUCGGCUUCGAAAUAUAAGCGAAAAUCAAGUUAAAAGAACAUUUCUAAAUCAGUUUAUGACUUGGUUUCUUUUUCUAUUAAACAGCAAGCAAGAAGAGUGAUCCUAUCGCACAAUACAUCCAAACCCUUGUUUUUAUACCUUCCAUUUCAAAGUGUGCAUGGACCAUUAAGCGUUGAUCUAAAAUACGAAGAGAAGUAUCGAGGAAUUCGCAACAAGGCGAGGCGAACUCAUGCUGGCAUGGUCGACAUUAUGGACGAAGCGAUAGGAAACGUCACAGAAGCUAUGAAAGAGGCUGGGUGAGUCGUCAACGGUACAAGUUCGUUAAUAGAGACUUUUCACAUUCUAAGGCAAAGUCGCCUACAAGGACAAGGUUUUACUGCGCGCGCAGGAACCAGAGUGGCUGGAAAACUUGAUAGCCAUCGUCAUUCUCUUACGAAGUGUACUGAGCUAAAGUUUGCAAUUCUGCGGAAAACAAAAAGCUGCAAAAUUCAUUCCGGGCUAUAACCAGGGACCCGGUUCUCGAAAGGCCUGGUAAUGUUUGGUGUUAGGGCGGAAUAGCAUCAGAUAAACAUGAAAAUUUGGUUCAACAUUUUCAAGUUCCAGUCCACGUCUAUUCUUGCCAUCCGUAGCAACAGUCGACAGAAGACAAUCUCGAUGCCUGAACAUAGUCUUCAAUUAGAAAACAAUGAAAAGACAGCCGCAAUUAGCGACGUCACCACUGGUUUUUCCGUUAAAUGACUGUAAUGACUUCUGAGAAACGAGCGAAGAAAUUCCAUACUGAUGGCGUGUUACUACCCAGAUCAGGGAAGUGCUUCUGAUUGGUUCAAGCAAAUUUCUCACGCGGCACGACCAAUUAGAAGCACUACCCAGAUUUGCAUGGGUAGUAACGCGUCAUCAGUAUGACGUCAUCAGUAUGGAAUUUCUUCCGUCACUGCUCCUCAAACGUCAAUUCGUGGGGAAACCAGUGAUAGCGUCGCGAAAUUGACUGACUUUUUAUUAAGACUCAUUGCAGCAAUAUACAGAAUGGCUGAAUUACAGAGCUAUUUACAAAACAUAUAAUACUAAAAUAUAAUACAAUAAUCGCGCUCUGAUUGGCCGAGAGGAGUGUUUGCAUGAGAGUAUGUAAACAUGGUUGUGGCGUCAAGUUGUUUGGCUUUUCGCGCGCUAAUCACGCAAUCACGAAUUUGAAAAAGUUUUCGAGUUCAAAACUCGGCAAGUUUCCUUUAUUUAGCCAUUCCUUCGUCGGCUGAAACAUGGAAAAUCGUUACAAAGAAGGUGAGUCAAUUUUUCUUCGCUUAAGCUGACAUUUUAAGCGACAAAAAUCAGUAUUUUGCAAAGCACUUUUUGCAAAACAAGAGCUGAUUACGUGUGCAAGACUUCGUGGACAAGAUUUUGUGACUGGUAAGAAUUUCUCUUUUAACCAGUGCCAUACAAAGAGUUUUGCGUUUUUUUGUCGGGAAAGUUAUUUUAUAAAAGCAAUAGAAACCUUUUUUCUUGUGUUUUUCCCGCCCAAUCCAUUUUUUUGAGAGAAAAGCCCUGGGGACGAGGUUGGUGUUUGCAUAGCCGGUUAUAAACACUCGAAGCGUUGGGAGAAUUCGAGACAGUUAUGCAAACCCGAGACGAAGUCGAGGGUUUGCAUAACUGUCUCGAAUUCUCCCAACCCCUCUCGUGUUUAUAUCAGGCUAUGCAAACACGGAAAACGUUUUCUAUUGCUUAAUUAGUACUCAUUACCGAAAUACAGUAGAACCCAAUAAUAUAACUUUUUCUCCAUGAAAAUUUGACCUUAGUCACCGGUUUAGUGUCCUAUCUCCCUCCAAGUCGAGGGCUGUAAGGCUCAACUUUUGCGAGGCCUAAAUUAGAGAGCUUUAGAUUCUAUGACGAGUACGACUACGGGAACGAAAUUUCCUCAAUACCAAGUAGUGCGCGCGCGUGAACCAGCGUCAUUUUGGCGGGAAAUCUUGGUAGCCGUCGUCAUUCUGCUACGAGGUUUAGCGAGAAUGUCGCAAUCAGGAAACUAGAUUGUCAAGAAGUUAGAAGUUUUAUCAUUUUACAAUCGAGAGAGGGCUUAACCUCCUUCAAUAUAGCCGGAUGAGUAACAGUGUUAUCUUUUCUAAUAAAAAAGUAACGUACAAUGAAGCUUCCCGGGGUGUCUAUUUUUUGAGGAUACCCGAAAAAACUUUUAGUUAAAUCUCGUUCUCGUAGUAGUUCUCGUCCUGGAAUCUAAAGUUCUCUAUUUUCUGAGUUCGCAUCCAGCCUAAACGCAAUGCAACCGCGUUGUACUCAGUGUGCCCUACGGUUCCCUACUGAUAUAUACAGCUAUUUCGAGAAAGGUCGUCGGAUAAAGUGCACGCGACAACUCUCAAAGGUAUUGUGGGUGGUUUUAAGUGCACUGUUUUUCAAAGAAAUUUGAACGAAUGGCAGGAGAUGCCAUGGACGUAUGUCUGCGAGUGCUAAAGGAAAGCAAUAAAAGUAGGUUCGACAGCUACAGUCUCAGGAACAGUGUAUUGAACAUAUCCCAUAUAACCUUUCGGGAUUGUCGCGUGCACAUUUUUCCGACAACAAUUUCUCGAAAUAGCUGUAUAUAGAAAAAAAAAACUUGAAAAACUCGUCCGUUCUUUUUGCGCCAGUUUGGUGAUCAAGAAAUCCUUGGCGAUGAAUUUCGAUGGCAGAAGUAUUUCAAAUAGAAACUGCUCAGUAAUUUGUUUACCCACGAAACCCUUAGGAGUUUUUAAGAACCCGUCCUGUCAGCUUCAAAAUAUAAGCGAAAAUUAAGAGAACAUUUUCAAAUCCGUUUAUGACUUGAGUUUCGUUUUCUAUUGAACAGCAAGCACGAAGAGUGAUCCUAGCGCACAAUGCAUCCAAACCCUUGUUUUUAUACCUUCCAUUUCAAAGUGUGCAUGGACCAUUAAGCGUUGAUCUAAACUACGAACAGAAGUAUCGAGGAAUUCGCAACAAGGCGAGGCGAACUCAUACUGGCAUGGUUGACAUUUUGGACGAAGCGGUAGGAAACGUCACAGAAGCUAUGAAAGAGGCGGGGUAAGUCGUCAACAGUAUAAGUUCGUUAAUAGAGACUUCUUACAUUCUCAGGCAAAGACGCCUACCAGGACAAGGUUUUAGUGCGCGCGCAGGAACCAGAGUGGCGGGAAAACUUGAUAGCCAUCAUCAUUCUAUUACGAAGUGUACUGAGCGAAAUUUUGCAAUUCUGCGGAAAACAAAAAGCUGAAAUAUUCAUUCCGGGCUAUAACCAGGGACCCGGUUCUCGAAAGGCCUGGUAAUGUUUGGUGUUAGGGCGGAAUAGCAUCAGAUAAACAUGAAAAUUGGGUUCAACAUUUUCAAGUUCCAGUCCACGUCUACUCUUGCCAUCCGUAGCAACAGACGACGGAAGACAAUCUCGAUGCCUAAACACAGUCUUCAAUAACAAAACAGUGAAAAGACAGCCGACAAUUAGCGACGUCACCACUGGUUUUUCCGUUAAAUGACCGAAAUAACGUCUGAGAAACUAGCGAAGAAAUUCCAUACUGAUGACGUUUACUACCCAGAUCAGGGAAGUGCUUCUGAUUGGUUGAAGCAAAUUUCCCAUUCGGCACGACCAAUUAGAAGCACUACACAGAUUUGCAUGGGUAGUAAUGCGUCAUCAGUAUGACGUCAUCAUUAUGGAAUUUCUUCCGUCACUGCUCCUCAGACGUCAAUUCGCGGGGAAACCAGUGAUGGCGUCGGGAAAUUUCGUUUGUUGUUUUAGCUUUUUAGAAAGAUAGCAGAUAGCUUGACAUAGUCCCCUAAACAACACUUCUUAUGAAAAGGUUGUACUUCUUUGCUUUCGUUUCAGUUUAUGGAACGAAACCUUGACGAUUAUAACUACUGAUAAUGGUGGCAAUCCUGAUAAAGGUGGAUACAACUGGCCCCUCCGGGGACAGAAAGACAGCCUCUGGGAGGGAGGGGUCAGGGGAGUUGGUCUAGUUCACGGAAGGAUGCUUCAAAAGACUGGGGUUAAGUACAAGGAGCUCUUUCAUGUCACUGACUGGUAUCCGACUCUUGUUAAUCUUGCA